AUGUCAGAGUCGACAUCUGCAGAGAAGGAGGCGCCGCUUGAUGAGCAGGACCGAGUGCCGUGCGGUAGCUGCUAUGCUCCUCUCCCAAAAUCUUCUUCCAGUCGAUGCGGCAAAUGCCGCAAACGUCAUUACUGCAAUCGAGAGUGCCAGGUGGAGGAUUGGAAGCUGGGACGGCACAAGACGUGGUGCGGGAAGGCGGGAGAGGUCGGCUAUGACUUUCAGGUUGUCGACAUUGCUGGCAAAGGCAAGGGAGUCAUCGCCUUGCGAGGUUUUGCCAAGGCAGAGCGGGUCAUGUACGAGCGAAGGAUUUUAAGUUGUAGAACAUUGUCGGGUAUACGGCCUAUCGCGAAAUCAUUCAAAAAACUUUCAGAGGCCGAGAAGAACGCAAUCUUGGAUCUCUUUCCUUCAGAGGCAGAUCUCUUCAAGAAGUUUUCGACAAAUUCGAUGUCUUGUGGUGAAGAAGACGAGCUUGGAAUGGACUCGGGGUUGUUCGUCACUAUGUCAAGACUCAAUCAUAGUUGCCUUUCUAACACGAAUCAUUGGUACGAGCCAUAUCUCAAGAGCAAGGUCCUCUUUGCUUGCAGGGACAUCGCUGAAGGAGAAGAGUUGACCAUCGCCUACAGCUCCGAGCCCUCAAACAAGCAAUACCUUCUCUCACACUACGGCUUCGUCUGCACUUGCGAAGCUUGUUCCAACCCUGAAAUCGCAGCAAAAGUGAAAGAAAUCAAGAGGCUUGAUAACGAAAUCUUGAUACUCGGGAUGCAGAUGAAUUCGGACAUGGCGAUUCGCGCAGGAAAGAGGCUGCUCAAGCUGUAUGACGAGCUUCACUGGCCAACUCAGAGUUAUGUACGCACGUGCUAUGACAUCUUUCAGGUUGCAAUCAUGAAGCGAGCUACCCUCAAGGAAGGCUUGCACUACAUGCAGUUGGGUCUGGCAAUGGAGCAGAAGCAGUAUGAAGGUCUCAACGAACCGGAGAGGCUCGGCAGCAUCGCCAAAUAUGCCAGUUACUUGAAACACCCCGAGAGCCACAGGAAUUACCUCAUCGCGCGCUAA